AUGGAUAUUUUGAAGCAGGAGAUGAUGAAGAAGCGGCAAAGUCUGGCGGAAGAUGUCGGCGGGAAGAAAGUCUUCAAGCGCUCGGAAAUCGAGCAGAAGCGCCUCCAACGGCUCCGAGAAGAGGAAAAACGCGAAGCCGAGGCGAAAGCAAUUCGGCAGAAGAAGUUGCAGCAGCAAGAGCAGAAUAAUGAUUCCGAUUCUUCAUCGAACCCUAAUUCGAAGCCGGAAAUCCCAAAAUCUAAGCCAGAAUCCUCCUCCUCCAAGUCUCUGGUCGAAGAGAAUAACAUAGACGAUCUCAAUCUCCCCAAGCAGGAAGUUAUUCGCCGACUCCGCUUCUUGAAACAACCGGUGACUCUCUUUGGGGAAGAUGACCAGGCGAGACUCGACCGUCUGAAGUACGUGUUGAAGGCUGGAUUAUUUGAGGUCGACGACAGUGACAUGACGGAAGGACAAACUAAUGAUUUUCUGAGGGACAUUGUGGAAUUGAAGAAACGGCAGAAAUCAGGGAUUUUGAGUGAUAGGAAGAGAAAAUCUACGGAGGAUGGAGGAGAGGAUAAGGACGGUGGAAAUGGGGAUGAGGAUCUGAGUGGCGAUGGCGCAUCCUCGGGGGUGGAUCACGACAAGGAUUUGAAGCGAAUGAAGACCAAUUUCGAGGAGCUAUGUGAUGAAGAUAAGAUUCUGGUGUUCUUCAAGAAGCUAUUGAAUGAAUGGAAUCAGGAGCUUGAUGAGAUGACUGAUGCAGAGAAGAGAACUGCUAAAGGGAAGUCCAUGGUUGCCACUUUCAAGCAAUGCGCUCGGUAUUUGAAUCCACUCUUCAAGUUCUGCAGAAAAAAAGUUCUCCCUGAUGACAUCAAACAGGCAUUACUAGUAGUUGUUGAAUGCUGCAUGAGGCGCGAUUACCUUGCCGCCAUGGAUCAUUACAUUAAAAUGGCUAUUGGAAAUGCUCCUUGGCCUAUUGGUGUUACUAUGGUUGGUAUCCAUGAACGUUCAGCGCGUGAAAAGAUUUAUACCAACAGUGUGGCGCACAUCAUGAAUGAUGAAACAACCCGUAAGUACUUGCAAUCUGUCAAAAGAUUGAUGACUUUUGCCCAAAGGCGGUAUCCAACAAUGCCCUCCAAAGCUGUUGAGUUCAACAGCUUGGCGAACGGCAGUGAUCUGCAGUCCUUGUUAGCAGAGGAGAGGGCGACAUCGGGAAGUAAGUCUCAGUCUGAGGAGAGGCUUAUGUUGAUGCCUGCAUCGGAAGACGACUAGCUACAUGUCUGAAAGGUAUGUAGAAACUGCUUAAAUCAUUAUUUUGGUAGUAAGCAAAUCAACAGAAUGUGAAAGAGGAUGUAAAUGGAUAUACUCUGUUGGUCUCCAUAGUUUCUUAUUCGGAGUUUGCUAAAACAUGCUCUAUGUGUAUGUAUCAUGUGACAUCUUGCUUCUGGUUCGCAUUAUAUCUAAUUGUCGUAAAAUGGGUGUGCUUGCAGUUGCUUUUCGAUGAUUUGGUUCAUAGCCACAUCCUGAUAUUUGUAGUUUCAUUUCCCGUUGUCAAAAAGAUUUGUUUCCUUGUU